UGAAAAUGUCACGCCUACCGCAAGGCUUAGUCAGAAGUAACGUUCAAAAUAUAGAAGAUAGGUCAGAUGCCUUCGAAAUCGGGGAGCCAAUCCAGAUGGUCGACUCUAACCUUCUUGGCGAUAGUGCCUUCUUCGAUUCUGAAGUUGAAGACUUAGUGGAUCGCAACCACUCUAUUCAAAACCUCAUGGAAGAUUAUAAGAAGGUAAAGAAGCUGAAAUAAACUGGAAAGUUCCAUUAAAAUCCCUCAUUCAUAUACUCAGGAUUUUGAAGACCAAAUUAUGGAAAUCAUCAAUACAGAAGUCACUGAGAAGAGAAGGCAAGAGGAGGCUAGAAAGAAGAGACAGGAAGAAAUAAAAUUCAAUGAGCUUAAAGAUCAAGCUAAACCUCCUCAGCACAAUAAUGCUGACCCUUCAAAUGAAGCAGAGGGUGAAGGAAAAGGCGAUGUCUCUCUCGAUGAAAGCCAAUCUUAUUACAACUCGGAGACCAAGACUCGCAGAUAUGAUAGUCGAAUGAAGGAAGUUGACAUAAACCCCCGUAUUUUUGCCAUGAAGCAAUGUAUCGAUGAAGGAGAUGUUGGAAAAUAUGAAGAUAUCUUUAAGAACAAGUUUAUAGACCAUGCUCUCAUCCAGCCCAAGGCCAGCGAAGAACUGAAGAGGUCUUCCAGAAUGGAAAACUCUUCAGAAGGCUACACCUCUGUUGAGCAAGAGUUCUGGGAGGACUAUGACCGCAGCAAAAUUGAGAAAAAUAGGCAGUUACAAAGAGACCUCAAGGAUCCGAUAAAAUUGUUAGAGAAAUUAGAAAAUUACGGACUUGAAAACUUGAAAAACAUUGCUAUGAGCGAGAAAGAGGUCCUGCUCAAUAACAUUGAGAAUUUACUCAAAGAAGGCCUGACUCCAUUGGAACGAUUCAAGGAAGAGCUCCUAAAGCACUGUUCUCUCCCUUCCUCAGCUGUUAUUCAAUCGGAUAAAAAGUUUUUCUUAAAACAUGUUGAGAAAAUAAGACAUGCUCAUAAACAAGAUACCAAGAAUAUCUUGAAGAAAGCUGAGAUCACAGCCAAGAGGCUACUCGAGAAGAUGAGCACCAGAGUCAUGGAAGCUCUUAAGAAAGAGAUUGAUGGGAUCCUGUAUGAAUACAGCCGGAUCAAGUCACAACUUGUAGAAGCAGAACACCAACUAGAAAAGUACGUAACUAUCCAGAAAGAUCAAGAAAUGUUCCUGAUCGAUGUCCAGCUUCAGACUGUUAUCGAGAGCGGCUUGAACACUAAGAGAGGAACUCGAGAGAUGAAGGAGUUAGUCAGAAAGCGACAGAUCUUAUUUGACAGGCUCUUUAAAGAUUCACCUAAUUAUUAUAAAUAAGCAUGCUGAUCCUAAGAGGCACACUUCCAAAAUAAUCAUGGAGUUGCAGAAGCCAGAGCUAGAGUCUCUAAGGAAGGAUCAAGAAGAGGCUCUGGAUGAAUUCAACAGUAAUUUUAUGAGCAAAUUCAAGUUUUUCAAUCUGCAGCAAACGAGGAAGGCAGGGCAAGCUACCACAAUUCUAUAUUACAAAACCAUGAUUGCACAAUUGAACAAGAAGAUCGAGGAGAGAGACCAUGAAGUGGAGAGCUGCCUCUCCAUGAACAGUUAUUACCAGGACCAAGUCAAGGUAGUCCAAGAGCAAUGACUUGAGCUCUCAGCCGAAAUCAAUAGACUCAAGGACCUGCUUUCCAGGAACAAACAGGAUCAUAAAUAAACAAAUGAGGAAUAUAAAGGAGAAGUUCAUAGCUGAUAAAUAAGAAAGAAGAUGCCAAAAAAUCUAAUUGGAUCGCCAUUGCCUCUGAGGAGCUCAAGGUCCGGGACACUAUCCAGAAUAUGUUUCUCGCUCGUGAACAACAAGCUAUUGCAGAAAUCAAGACUCUGAAGGAUGUCAUUAAAAUUCCAAGAGCACAUUUUAAAAAUUUGGAGAGGAUAAAUUAUAGCAAUAUAGUAUCACAGAAGAAACAGAUUGAGAAGAAUUCUCUCAAAAUAGCUAGGAAGAACCUAGCUAAAGGGAGGUACAAGCCUUCCCAUCUCAAGAACCACUCUGUAGAUAUUCCCAACCUCCUUGGAGGUGUGAAGAACAUCAACUUGCCUUGAGUCGAUAGGUCAAGAAGGUUUGGUCUGAAGAAGCAGAGUGUUACCUCCAACAAGAACCGUAUGCUUUCUCACGAAGCUAGCAACACUGAGACUCCGAGAGGAAUCUCUACCAAUCCUAGUCAAGGCUUGCUUCUAGAGUAUAGUCGAAACAAUGAGAGGAGAUUCAUUUCUCCCAACCCUAGAACGUUAGCGAACAGUAUUUACAUCAACGAUAGCCAGACAACGUUAUUUUCUAAUCUAGGGUAAUUCAAUCAUGGA